GCAGUUUGCCGUUAGUCGAGUGCUGGGCUCAUGGGCGUCUCUGCUCAGCUGCUCGCUACUCUCAUAGCAACAUGGGGACGAUCUGUUAGUGUGGAGUCCUUCUCUCCUUUCUUGCCUGCUGCUCUACAGCAGGGGCUGUCCCGUGGAGCUUGCACACGUACAGGGAGCGCGGUUGCACGAGGUCAGGCCGUCUGCUUGAGGGCGACAACCACGCCGGCAGCGACGGAGAGCGCGGACUAUCUGGAGAACAAAGAGGCGCUGAAGCAGGACCUCCGGGACGAGUAUGCUUCCUUCUUCGACAACUUCGAGAGCGAGCGCUACCUCCCGGACGUGCAGUUCAUCGACCCGGUGACCAGCUUCACGGGCUUCGACAACUACAAAAAGAACCUCGACAUGCUGGGAGGCCGGUCUGUUCUCGGGAACAUCCUCUUCAAGGACGCAGGCAUCAUUUUGCACGACAUCGAAGAGCCUGGCCCGUUUCGCUUGAGGACGAGGUGGACGCUGACCGUGUGUUUCAAGGCGUUGCCCUGGCAGCCGGUGCCGCGCUUCACGGGCAUCAGCGAGUACACGAUAGACGACCAGGCGAGAGUGAUCAAGCAGGUGGACUACUGGGACAGCAUCAACCUGGUCAAAGGGCGGUACCAGGCGGUGAGCGCUCUCGACGGGGUGAGGGACUUCGUGGGGCAGGUGCUCCCUAGCCCGGCAAGGGCGGCGACGGGGGGGCUGCUGCUGCGGCGAGCUAAGGACUACGAAGUUCGGCGUGAAGAGGGAGGGGAGGUUGUGGCAUUGCGGGAGUUCGAUGAGACGCCGUCGAAGGAAGCUGUGCUGAGCAACAGCGCGGCGCUGAUGGAGAGUCUCUCGCUGGACGGCUUGGAAGCGGCCGGCGAACCGGAGGCAUCAUCUCCCGGUUCGAGGAUGCAGGGCCAGGUCUCUGUGAAGCUCACGAAGCACGACUGGAUGACGACGUGACGCAGGAAAGGGAUUGGGAUCGGGAAAGGGGGCUUGUGGCUGGCUGCUUGGCGCGGCUGCCGGAUCGUAACCCCCCAACUUGGGCACCACAGCUUUCUGCCCGACAAGAUGACCAAUCGAACGGCGUAAUGGAGACGACUCGGCGGCAAGCGAAUCGUGGUCCCCAAGUUUCAGACAGACAGACGUGGAGACAGGGCGGCCUCAAAAUAGAGCAGCGGACAACAAAAGAACCAUUAUUUCGUGUUUAUAUCUGUUGUGAAAGUCGUCCUUAGCAGAGGCCACUCGUUGCAAGGGACAUGUUUAGGUCUCGGGGCGGAGCGGAGGCUCUUGGCGUCGACCUCCCUCGCUCAGGGGAAUGGAUGCCGAAUACAUUCGGCAAAUGAUAUCCCAGGCUGCUAUGUGUGUCUCUCAACCUAUCCCGCGAAGGCCAGGAAUGCGACUCAUUGUGGGCGAUCGGUUUGGCAUUCGUAGAUCUCGUAGAUCGUUCCUGUGGCGACCGACCGAGCUUCUCUGUGGUGGUUUUGUUUCUUGAGGUGCUGUUUAGAGGCGAGAGAUGAUGAGACUCGCCACAGCAAUUGGUGAACGAUUUUGUGGUCGGGUGCCGCUCGACAUAGACUAGUGUCAUGGCGCUCUUUGUAUAUACUAUACUUUAGAAUAUACUAUACUUUAGAAUAGGCACGGUGUUCUUGCGUAACAGCGAAAAGUCUAGUCUAGAGAGUGUAGGGUAGCCCGUGUGUGGCUUGAUACGGACGGCACCAAGGCUGUGGGCAUCGCUGGACCGAGGGAAGCACCAAGCACAAGCAACGCGUACAUAUGCAUCCGUAUGAGUAGCAGGGUUCCCGCUCGGUGUUGGGGGUCCGAGAGAAGAGAAUGAUGCCGGCAGGAGUGGUCAUCUUGAGGGACUGCAAUGCCGCCGGCCUCCUCCGUAGAGUGCAUGAAAGCACCCGCACUUUUGGAACGUGGCGUUUUAAUGAAGGACUGGAGGGCCCCAUGUCGCCGACACAUGCGAAACUUGGAACCCGAUCCUAUACUACGUCACCUGGACGUAGUGGUAGCUGAUAGGGCCCACCCCCAGGAUGGCACGAAAUAGGAGGAUUUAUGCUCUUGGUGGCGCGUACGCGUGCACUAUGGUGUAGGUUCUGCAAAGCGCGCGUAAACGCGGGCUUCGUGUGACAUGUGCUGGCGGCAGCGGCCUUCCGAGGCAAAUAAUAUGAAGGGCCGAGCAGCGAGGUGCCGUGCCGAGUGAGAGCUACGGGCAAGAAAAUAGGCACAUGCAUGCGUCCAUGCCCACAGCUGUGUCCCGAG